UGUUCAUCUUCAGCACGUGGAAGCUGAGUGGAGCCGCGAUCCCUGCGAGGGGAGAAUGUGAGCGAGGAAUCGCGCAGGGAAAGUGUUUGGGAGAGAGCCGGGCAUGUCAGCCCACUGAGCAUGCUAUCAAUGCAACAGUUUGCUUCCCUGCCUCCGGAAGACAGCUACCGGCCGGUCAUCUGCGCUGACAGGGUCUUUGGAGCAGAUGAAGAUAAUAUGGGGGAUGGCUGUUCUCAGAAGCCGGCAUCUGCCAAGUACCUCCGUCUCUUGCUGCUAAUACUCAUCCCAUGCAUCUGCGCUUUCAUUCUUUUGCUGGUUGUUCUGCUCACAUUUGUUGGUGUGAUAGACAGACACUGUUUUGACUUUAAUAGGAGUGAUCCGCUAACCAGCAGUAUUGGAAUCGGAUCUCCUGACAUUCCAUUCAUAAAGAUGGAUGACAAUGCAUCAGAAGGGACAUUAAUGAAAGGCUGGGAACCCCAUCCCGCACUCUGGAAUACUUCUGCUGUUGUAGCUGACCAAAGCUCUACCAACUUUAGUGAAAUAAAAGACACUCCCCAGCAGGAUCCCUUAUACCCCUUUCCUUAUACCACAGUAGAUUAUAAACGCUCAAGAAAUAACGUGACACUGACCAAAGAGCAUGACGCCAACCUAUUGGAAAGCACGGGCGUUUGGACCACGCCAUUGCUGAGUGACGCCACCAUGUCUCCGACUGUGGAACCAAUUGGGCCUCAAUUUGUAGUCAGGGAAGAUGCCUGUGUGAACAUCUCAUACAGCCAAUGCCAAAUGCUGCCAUACAAUAACACCGUCUCAAAAUCAGUGUAUUCGUUCGUCAAGAGCAUUGAAAUGGAAAUGUUUCUCAAGUUCUUCAGCUAUCUCAACCGCCUCAGCUGCUAUCAGCACAUCAUGCUUUUUGGCUGCAGCCUGGCUCUCCCGGAAUGCAUCAGUCAUGGCGAUGACAGUUAUACUCUCCUGCCGUGCAGAUCAUUCUGUGAGGCUGCGCAAGAAGGUUGUGAACCAGUGCUUGAGAUGGUGAAUUCUUCCUGGCCAGAGUUCCUGAGAUGCUCCCAGUUUCGGAACAAAACAGACAAUAACAACACAAGCCGAGUGUGUUAUUCUCCGCAGCAAGAGAAAGGAAAGCAAUCGCUUUGUGGAGAACAUGACAGCUUUCUGUGUAACAAUGGAAUCUGCAUACCUAGACAGUUGAUGUGCAAUGGAUACAAUGACUGUGAUGACUGGAGCGACGAGGUACAUUGCAACUGCAGUGAUCAUCAGUUCCGGUGCAAUACAGGGAAAUGCCUUAACCACAGCCUUGUAUGUGAUGGGUACGAUGACUGUGGAGAUCUAAGUGACGAGCAGAGUUGUGAUUGUAAUCCAUUACAUAGCUACCAGUGUGGAGAUGGACGAUGCAUAACUUUAAGAUGGGUCUGUGAUGGUGACCAUGACUGUGUAGACAAGUCUGAUGAAGUCAACUGCUCAUGUCAUAGUCAGGGUCUCACCGAGUGCAGGAAUGGGCAGUGCAUUCCUAGUGCCUUCCGCUGUGAUGGAGACAGUGAUUGUAAAGAUGGCAGCGAUGAGGAGAACUGCACUGUAAGUAAGGGACAGGUAUGCCAAGAAGGAGAUCCAAAGUGUAUUUCUCAAGCCUGUUCAGGAGCAUGUGCCAAUGAUCCCAACUGUGGAACGCCUCACAACAAGACAAACUGCAGUCAGUGUGAACCAAUAACCUUAGAGCUGUGUAUGAACCUACCCUACAACUAUACCCAUUUCCCAAACUAUCUUGGUCACAGAACUCAGAAAGAGGCUUCCAUAAGCUGGGAAUCAUCUCUGUUCCCAGCCCUUGUUCAAACAAAUUGUUACAAAUAUCUCAUGUAUUUUGCAUGUACCAUUCUAGUACCAAAGUGCGAACCGGAGACCAGUCAGCGGAUACCACCAUGCAGGUCACUUUGUAAACAUGCCAAAGAGCGAUGUGAAUCUGUGCUUGGUAUUGUGGGAUUACAGUGGCCAGAGGAUACAGACUGUACCCAGUUCCCAGAUGAAAAAUUAGACAACCAAACAUGCCUUAUGCCUGAUGAGGAUGUAGAAGAAUGCUCCCCUAGCCAUUUCAAGUGCCGUUCUGGACGCUGCAUCUUGGCUUCCAGAAGAUGUGAUGGAGAAGCAGAUUGUGAAGAUGAUAGUGAUGAGGAAAAUUGUGGAUGUACUGAGAGAGGUCUUUGGGAAUGCCCAGUGAACAAGAUGUGCAUCAAACAUUCAAUGAUAUGUGAUGGAUUCCCAGAUUGUCCUGAUGAACUGGAAGAGAAGAAUUGCUCAUCCUGCACAAACGAUGAGUUAGAAUGUGCCAACCAUGAGUGUGUAUCUCGUGAUCGCUGGUGUGAUGGCGUGGUGGAUUGCAAAGACAGCUCAGAUGAAUGGAACUGCGUUACUCUGUCUAAAGGUGUGAGGUCCCUCCUAACCAUUCACAGGUCUGCAUCUGACCAUCACGUAUGUGCCGAUGCUUGGGAUGAUGAGCUUACUCACUGGGUCUGCAAGCAGAUGGGUUUAGGCGGCCCAUCAGUGGCAGAAUUUGCCCAAGAAGCUGAUCAUUUGGAACAUAAUAAAAUGCUGCAUCUAAUUAAAGACUGGAAAAAGAAAAAUGGAUCUACAUUUCACGAGCUGCUCAUGAAAGGGCAGACUUGUGAAAGCAGAGCUAAAGUAUCUCUGACAUGUACCAGAGAAGAUUGUGGACAUCGUCCAGCCGCCCGAAUGAGCAAGAGAAUUCUUGGUGGCAGGACGAGCCGACCAGGACGUUGGCCUUGGCAGUGUUCUCUCCAGAGUGAUCCCAGUGGACACAUCUGCGGCUGUGUUCUCAUUGGGAAAAAAUGGGUGUUAACGGUAGCUCACUGCUUCGAAGGAAGAGAAAAUGCUGCCGUAUGGAAGGUUGUAUUUGGUAUAAACAACUUGGAUCACCCAUCUGAUUUCAUGCAGACUCGCCUUGUGAAGACUAUUAUUCUCCAUCCACGGUAUAACAGAGCAGUGGUGGACUACGACAUUAGUAUUGUGGAACUGGAUGAGGACAUUGUGGAGACUAGCUAUGUGAGGCCAGUUUGCCUCCCAACUAAGGGCCAGUUGGUCGAACCAGAUACGUAUUGUUACAUCACUGGAUGGGGACAUAUGGGCAACAAAAUGCCAUUUAAGUUGCAAGAGGGAGAAGUUCGGAUUAUUUCCUUGGAACGCUGUCAGUCUUAUUUUGACUUGAAAACCAUAACAUCCAGGAUGCUGUGUGCUGGGUAUGAGUCCGGGACAAUAGAUUCCUGCAUGGGAGAUAGUGGCGGUCCCCUUGUCUGUGAACAAGAAGGAGGACAGUGGACGUUAUAUGGACUGACUUCUUGGGGAUCUGUAUGUUUUUCCAAAGUUAUGGGACCUGGAGUUUAUAGCAAUGUUUCCCACUUUAUUGACUGGAUUGAAAGACAGAUAUACAUUCACAGCUUCUUAAUCAACUAAAGACGUAUAUAUAUAUGAAUAAAAUACACAUAUUUAAAGGCAAACAGCAAAAAUUGCCUUAACCACCAAGGAGGUUUUAAUGAGUGGAAAUCCUUGCCCUGGGUAUUAAUGAAAAUGAUAUCUAUAUAUUUUUGUUCUAAACGUUAGGUGUUUUAGUCUAAAGCUUUUUGACUUUUUGUACAUAUCUGUUCACGGUUAUGUUUUGCUGUGUAAUCAUUUCUUAAUGAACACAGACUUUCAAAAAAAUGUAACAUUUGUUGUUUGUUUUAUAUGCGGGCAUUGAGUGGGUGAUACCGGGCUUGGGUUUGCCAGGAGUCAUUUACAGGGACUGACAAUUGUAAAUUACCACACAUGGGACAGGUUACAUUUGUAGCAUAAUACACUAAAUUCUGAUUUCAGCUACCGAGACAGGUAGGUAAAGCUCACGUUAGCUUUGAGAUGUCUUAAAUACCAAUAGAGAUGCCAGUUCAUUAACUUUACUGGAUAUUAAGCUUACGGACUACAAUGGUCCCUGUAAUGUUUCCAUAGACUUCAAAACAUCACAGUCUGACCGCCUAGUUUAUUCACCCAUGUUUGAUUGCUCAGGUUUAGAGGGGUUACACAUGCAUUUACUAUAAUGAACAUGUAAUUUGGUAACAACAGACCCCACAAUGCAGUCUACAGAUCAACUGUUACUACUACAUGAUGAUUGUUUCUUUAAUAAAA